GCGGAAACGUUCAAACUGUUCAGACUGCUUCGGUCUAUAUUUACUUCUGUAUUUGGAACAUAAUUCUGUCUUUUAACUAGUUUCCCCAUUUCAUGUCAUAUUUCCGUUUAGUCAGGUAACGGUACCUGGCUUGAUAAAUGAGCCUAUCACUAGGCUAGUCGCUAACUAGCUAGGUUAGCUGGCUAACAUCCCCGACCAUGAGCUCAGCAAGCUGCUGCCCUCCUGCUAAAAAAGAGGUCUGCUGGAAGGAGAAAGAAGGUAUUUGGCUGAACGUUGUCGUGAAAGAGGAGAAUGAAGAGGAGGAUGUCACAGUAAACGAAGAAGUAGAGGGUGAGGCUGUUACACAGAAAGAAGAGGAAGAAAACGAUUAUACUUUUUUCGGAGUGAAUGAAGGAGAGAUAACUGUCAUAUUGAAGGAGGAGGAGAGGGAAGAAGAAGAGGAGGAGACAGAAGAUCUGAGUAACACCAGAAAGAGACCAGACUCUCCUUCUGACAGCAGGAAGAGUCCUUCAGGGAAACCAGACCCCGAGAUGUCCAAACCAGCAGGACGACAUCACUGCUCCCAGUGUGGAAAGAGUUUUACUCAGUUAGGGAGCCUGAGAACACAUAAGAGAAUACACACUGGAGAGAAGCCUUACCACUGUUCCCAAUGUGGAAUGACGUUUACCCAGUUAGGGAGCCUGAGAACACAUAAGAGAAUACACACUGGAGAGAAGCCUUACCACUGUUCCCAAUGUGGAAUGUCGUUUACCCAGUUAGGGAGCCUGCAAACACAUGAGAGGGGACACACAGGGGAAAAGCUUUUCCAAUGUUCCCAUUGUGGAAAGAGUUUUGGCCAGGUAGGAAACCUGAACAAGCAUGAGAGGACACACACAGGUAAGAAGAUGUACCGCUGCUCCCAGUGUGGAGAGAGAUUUACCCGGUUAAGGUACCUGAAAGAGCAUGAAGGAAUACAUACAAAUACACAGGAGGAGAAGACAUACCACUGCUCUCAUUGUGGAAAGACAUUUUCCCAGUCAGAGAACCUGAAAACACAUGAGAGAAUCGAGAGGCUGUGUUCUGACUUGUGUUUUUGACUGAGAAUGUGUGUGUUUGUUUGGGCUGUCAGACUUGAGUUCACUUUGUGUAAUGUUAGUGCACUAUUUUUAAUUGUGAUUAAUCCAUUGUCUGAAAGGGUUAAAAACACACUGAAAACAUCCAGAAUACAUCCUAUAUACUGCUAAAAUCUACAAUGCCAUGUAAACACAAGAUGACAUUGAGGUUAAAUAAAGUGUGAUUUAUCAAUGGAACAUAUUUUGACACGUCCACUGUGUGUCUCUGUAGAGUCAUAAUAUCCAUAACAACUAGAGGUCAAACAGGAGAUGGUUCCAUUCAUUUUCCCCACAGGGCUGUGUUUUGUUUAGACUCACCCUGGUGUGAUGUUUUGAUAACCAUGUAAACCUCUCUGGGACAAGGUGACUGAGGACACAGUGUGUUGUCAAUUUAUUGUCAUGUUUUUAAAAUGGUAUAA